UUGAGCGGGAAACUGAAAAGCAAGUUCGAGUAUAUAGUGAUUACAUAUUCUUAUUUCUUAAAAAAUAAAAGAGAAAGGAAAGGAAUUAAGUACGCAAGUGAGAGAGACAAAGAACAAAGCAUAACCAGAAACAAAGCUAUACUACUUAUUUAGGGCAUAACCAUGGCGGAGGAGGGUACCUAUCCCAUGGACAUCGACCAAACGAACUCGUUUUCGUCCAAUCCCGAUAAGGGCAAAACUGUCAUUUCAGCACCCAACCCUUCAAUCGGCGGCAAGUCCACUCUCUGGGUCGAAAAGUACCGUCCUCAGUCCCUCGAUGACGUCGCUGCUCACCGUGACAUUGUCGACACCAUUGAUAGAUUAACCACUGAGAACAGAUUACCCCAUCUUCUGUUGUACGGUCCUCCUGGAACGGGAAAAACAUCAACUAUUCUCGCCGUCGCACGCAAACUUUACGGCGCUCAAUACCACAAUAUGAUUUUGGAACUCAAUGCUUCAGAUGAUAGAGGAAUUGAUGUUGUUAGACAACAGAUUCAAGAUUUUGCUAGCACUCAAAGCUUAUCAUUUGGCGUCAAGCCCUCUGUAAAACUGAUCUUGUUAGAUGAAGCAGAUGCCAUGACUAAGGAUGCCCAAUUUGCAUUACGUAGAGUUAUUGAGAAAUAUACAAAGAGCACUAGAUUUGCACUUAUCUGUAAUCAUGUAAACAAGAUUAUCCAAGCACUGCAAUCAAGAUGCACUCGUUUUCGGUUUGCCCCUCUUGAUGCUGUCCAUGUCACUGAAAGGCUGAAACAUGUUAUUAAGGCUGAAGGGCUUGAUGUUCAAGACAGUGGAUUGUCUGCUCUUGUUCGGCUUAGCAAUGGGGAUAUGAGAAAGGCGUUGAAUAUUCUUCAGUCAACACACAUGGCCUCUCAGCAGAUAACAGAAGAAGCCGUUUACCUAUGCACUGGAAAUCCAUUGCCCAAAGACAUUGAGCAAAUAUCUUAUUGGCUUCUAAAUGAACAAUAUUCAGAUAGCUAUAAAAGAAUACAUGAUAUUAAGACAAGGAAAGGACUGGCCCUGAUUGAUAUUGUAAGAGAAGUGACAAUGUUUGUUUUUAAGAUUAAGAUGCCUGCAGCUGUUCGAGUGCAGUUGGUGAAUGAUUUGGCCGACAUAGAGUACAGAUUAAGUUUUGGGUGCAAUGAUAAGCUUCAGCUUGGAUCAGUUAUUGCUUCGUUCACACGAGCUAGAUCUGCACUGGUUGCAGCUGCUGUAUAACCUUCACCCGAAUAUGAUGCGAUGGGUGUUAUAUUCUUAAAAGUAGUUAGAUAUAUUCCAAAUUCCUCUGCAUCAAAAUAUUUCCCUUGUACAUCGUAAGUGACACCCGGAUAGUGCUAUACUGGUGUAUGUUCGUUGACACUGGCGACUUCCCUGAUAGUGUAUGUUUUGUUUUUCUUUUGAAGUUAUAAUUAAACUUUAUGAAAUUCAACAAAGUCUGAUGGGACUAAAUGUACCAAUUUAACAAAAUGUUGCUAAUGACUAGUUGGGAUAGAACCUUCAACUUUUUCACUUUA